CAUCCCCGUCCCUCCCUCGCCCCCUUAUUAUUAUUAUUUUGCAGGCGACGCGGUACUCAUUCAUUCGACUCGCAUUUGGAAAUCCGAUCGUCGACCGUGCUUGGUGCAGGCAAGCAUCCAGCGUUCGGUGAGCGCACUUUCCUGCAUCGCAGCUCCUGCAGGUUGCGGAUACCCCCCUCCUCGAUAUCGUCGUAGUUCCACUGAUCAGGAGGGGUUUGCUGUUGCAGGAUGGAGGUUUAGGGGGAGGUUCGCGCUGUAGGGGAAGUCGACUCGCUGUGUCCCCACUGCCUCAAAGGGAAGGUUCUUGGUUACAAUCGAGAGAUGGUCAGGGGAGUAAUUCGGCUGUAAUGCAUGCCAGGGUGUUGCGACGAGAGGUGGUUGCGGCGUUAGUGCUCAUUUGAAGGAGUUGUGAUGGAUGUGUUUAGAGACGGUGUGUGUCUGGUCUUUGGAGGGAUGUUUGCCACGCGAGAUCGAGCAAUCAGAAAGCGCAAGCGAGGAGAAAGACUUUUCUCCUUUCACAAUUUUGCAGACCCUGGGUUUCCUGCCGAUUAUGAUGGGCCAUUUCGUGACAACGUGCGGACGUUCCUAGAGGAAUGUGCGGAAUCGGAAGUCACAGUCGAUGGCUUACCCGGAUGGUGUGUGGCUCUUGAAGACGAUUCCAAACAGAGUGCUCGCGUCGAUUUGCUGGUCUUCGUCGAGGGCGUUCAGGAUACUAUUCACCCGUAUUGUGACCAGUGUCGCUGCAUUGGAUGGAGUCAUCAUCCAGUGUCCAACAAGCGCUACCAUUUCAUUAUUCCUGCUCCAGAUCAUCCCGAACGCUCUAAGAGAGCGAACGGAAUACUAGGUGCCAAGAUAUGCACGAACUGUAAGGAGCCGUUACUAUCAGGCUACCUCGGCUGUCCUUCCUGCGGUGACGAAGCCUUGGCAGCUGGCUUCUUAUACUCUCAAAGUCAUCUGCUCCAUGGAGUUAUUCAUUGUAACGGCUUUGGUCACCUCCUUCGCAUCAAUGGGAGGGAGAAGGGAUCUGAUUCCUCCUCAGGAAGGGAGAUCAUGGACCUUUGGGAUAGAAUGUGUGCAAUGCUGAGAGCCAGGAAAGUCAGUGUCGAGGAUGUGGCGAAGAAAUGUUCCCUGGAGCUUCGUCUACUUCAUGCCGUUAGUUACGGCGAAUCCUGGUAUGGAAGGUGGGGAUACAAAUUCGGACAUGGAAGUUUUGGCAUCACCCAGCAAAUGUACGUGAAGGCUGUCGAAGCUAUACGCGAGAUGCCUUUAAGAGUAAUGGGACAGCACUUCGAGGGCGUCGACCAGGACGUAUUGGGCAUCAUCGCUCUGUAUCAGCGUAUCAGCGGUCAAAUACUGCAGACCGUGGGAGACUUGAUACGUUUCAUGAUGGAGCUCAAAGUGAGAUUACCAGAGCAUCCAGAAACUAAAGGCAUAUCUAAGGCACUGAAAGACAACGACAGAAGAAGCGGAAGCAUGAGCCCAGCAGUUAGCAGUUCUCCACCGACGGAUAUGCCUUCCAGAUGGUCACUGAAACGUUUAGACUUAGCAACACAAGUUAUUGUGGAGGCUCUCAAAAGCUGUGAUCGAAAGUGGAUGCCAAGGCAGGAUGUCCGAGACGCAGCACGAGUGUACAUUGGCGACACAGGCCUUCUGGACUAUGUCCUGAAAUCCUUGGGUGAUCGCGUGGUAGGCAACCACAUUGUACGCAGGGCUGUGAACCCCAUCACCAAAGUUUUGGAAUAUAGUCUCGAGGAUGCGAUUACAGCUGCAGGAGUUGUGAGGGAUCAGUCCAGAUGUCAAGCUCCAGAGACGGCCUGUGAAGUUGGAAGGACCCAAGUUCUUAAAGACAUUGUCUACAUCUACAAGAAUGUCCUAGAAAAUUAUAAACCUGCCAGGACCAGCGGAAUCAAGCACAUGCUGACGGCUAUUCCCACUGCAGCCAGAAUUAUUUUGGACACGAAGCAGUUCAUUAAGGAUUAUCGAGGGGAACUCACCCGCAAGUCAGCUAACAAUGACUGGAACAUGGACGACGAUGAGUUGUUAAGAGUGAUGUGUACUGUCGUUCUCAAUGACGAUGAUCCCAUGCGCAACAGGCCUAGCCCUCCCCCUGAGCUGGUCGUUCUUCCUCCGCAUGCGACUGUUCGGGACCUCAAACUCGAGGCACAGAGGGCGUUCCGAGAGACGUAUUAUAUUAUGCACAGUUUCUGCGUGGAGUCGAUUCCUGAUCUGGUAGGCGACGAUGAAGAUCUUUUAUUUGGAGCUAUUGAGUCUGGUUCUCACGUUCGUAUAGACGGCAUUGGGAUCCAUACUCGUCAUGACUGGCGUUACGAGGGUGGUAUCGAAAGCUGGACAGUUGACUGCCCUUGUGGUACAAAAGAUGACGACGGCGAGCGCAUGAUUGCUUGUGAUGUUUGUGAAGUUUGGCAGCAUACUCGUUGCGGCGGAAUCUCUGACAUGGAUGUAAUUCCUCAACGCUUCCUGUGCCAUCGAUGCAGCGUUAACCUCAAUUUCUAUCACACCAUGCUCUAGAGCGAGUUCCAAAUUCGUAACGAGCUUCGACAGUUAUCUGUCCUUCAUCAUUAGAACCACUUUGAUUGUCCUUUGAAAGAGGCAAAUGUCAAAAGGGACUUAGUUGAAGCGGUUGGACUUCACAGUAGUAAGUCCUACUCGGGAGUUAGUCCCUUUGUCCUACAAGUUACAACAUGUCGUUAAUGCUGUACAUAUAUUUGUACUACUAUAUAUUAUGCCAGUGGCCAGAAAAUUCUGUGAGAUUAAUUCACUUGCGCACUAUUGAGCUUUAUCUCA